AAAGCAAUAAAGAAAGCCUUGAAGGAGGUACGGAGGUACCAUGACAAUGGAACUUCUGAGGGUGACAAUGUACAGCUCACACCUCAAUGUUGCCUUGUUGUGUCGAACAACUAGUAGCAAACCUACUUUUUUCUCAUGUCACACACACACACACACACACACACACAAAAAAAAAAAAAAAAAAAAAAAAAAAAAAAAAAAAAAAAACUUGCUGUAUACGGACCUAUAAAAUGUAAUUCACCUCCAAAAGGUCCAAAAAGGUUGCUCGUUAGGUAAGCAAAAUUCUUAAUCAAGUGCAUGUAAUAAACAUUAAAAUAGUGAGUAAAAAGUGAAAAACAGUCUUUUAAGUGUAAAGUGUUUUUAACUUAUUAUUAUUAAAAAAUUAGCUAUAUGAAAAAAGAGGAAAAAUAAAUAAAUGAAAGAAAGGAGAGAGGGAAAAGAAAGAAGAAAUGCAUGCAAUCAUUCUGUUCCUCUAGAGGCUCUGUACUCUUUGACCCUGGUCGGAUCAGGAACACCUCCUUCACUCUCCCAAACUUCUUUUACUAAGUCCCAUAUUCAAAUGGCUAGAUCUGCAGCAAUGGAUGAGGUAUCCGAUGCUGGGGCAUUUACAAGGACUGCAUCCAUAUUUCAUAACCCCAUUUCGCGUGACCCAAACUCCCAGUUUCUGGCAGAAUCUGGAAGAUAUCAUCUGUACGUAUCAUAUGCCUGCCCCUGGGCUUCCAGAUGCUUGGCAUACUUGAAGAUUGAAGGACUUGAGAAAGCCAUCAGCUUUAUAGCAUGUUCUAUGUUUGCUUAAGUAGUUUCACAAUUUAAGACCAAAAUGAUAUUGUUUAUUCCCUCAUUGCUGAGGCAGUCAAACCCAUAUGGGAAAGAACCAAGAAGGGUGAUGAACACAAGGGAUGGGUUUUUCCUACUACAGAUACGGACAACCUGGAGCAGAGCCUGAUCCCUUGAAUGGAGCAAAAAGACUUAGAGAACUUUAUGUGCUUGCAAGGACAAACGACACUGGAAAGUACACAGUUCCAGUAUGCUAUCUCUAUCAAGUGGUUAUGUUUUCAUUGAUCUCUUUUGCUUUUAUUGUUGCAGUUCUUCUUCUUUCCUUCCAUGUUGAAUUUCUCUAAAUAUUACAAUGUUGUAAUGCUCUGUGGUGGGUUCUAUGGGAUAAGAAACUCAAGAUGACUGUCCAUGAUGAGAGUUGAGAGAUAAUUCGCAUGUUCAAUGUUGAAUUCAAUGAUAUAUCAGAGAAUCCAUCUUUGGACC